GAUCAUCAGAACCAAAGUUCAGCAACCUUUUCACCCAACCCCAGACGGGAGCGGGACGGGCGUGACGGCACCAGGACAUACUAUCGUGCCCAGCACAGCAUCCCCUCCCGUCUCCAGUGCCUCCAAUGAUCCAGUGGGCUCUUACUCCAUUAACGGGAUCCUGGGGAUUCCUCGGUCGAAUGGCGAGAAGAGGAAACGUGAUGAAGAUGUGUCCGAGGGCUCAGUUCCCAAUGGAGAUUCCCAGAGCAGCGUGGACAGUUUGCGGAAGCACCUUCGUGGCGACACUUUCACCCAGCAGCAGCUGGAAGCUUUAGAUCGAGUUUUUGAGCGUCCUUCUUACCCUGACGUCUUUCAAACAUCAGAGCACAUCAAAUCUGAGCAGGGUAAUGAGUACUCCCUCCCAGCUCUGACCCCUGGUCUCGAUGAAGUCAAAUCAAGUCUAUCCACCUCUGCUAACCCAGACCUGGGGACAAAUGUGUCAGGACCCCAGACGUACCCUGUGGUGACCGGUCGUGAUAUGGCAAGCACCACCUUGCCUGGCUACCCACCCCAUGUUCCACCGACCGGACAAGGCAGCUACCCAACCUCAACUCUUGCAGGAAUGGUUCCUGGUAACAAGUUUUCUCACAAUACAUAUAGCCAUCAACAGCACUGCUGGUUCCACUGUGUUUCACACCUUCCUUGGUCUCUUCGGUUCAGCAACCCUGCACUACUAAGUUCCCCUUAUUAUUAUAGUGCCACAUCCCGGGGCUCCGCACCUCCCGCUGCUGCCGCUGCCUAUGACCGCCACUUGUUUCCCUCACCCACAUCACUGGUCAUGCAGAUGGUGCGCUGGACCUUCCUGAUGACCACCGAGAAGACAGCGCAGUACUACGCCUAA